AGUGGUGACGUACGGCGGAUCAAACGUUACGGUUGGGUUCUCUUGGCUUUGUAAUCACCGAGUUGCCUGUCCUUCUAUCCGGGGUUAUCAGGGUGAUCAGAAGGCUAUGAAGAAUAGAUUCAUUCUUCAGAAGUUGAAAUGGCGUCGAAGGGGAUGAACGGCUCUCUGCCGAACUUCGUCGGCGACAACGAGAGACGAGACACCGCGGAUAGCAAGCGUCUGAUUGAGCUGAAGACGUUGUCGGCGAAGUCGAGUGGGUGCUUGGUCACGAAUGGUGAGCACGGUAGACACGAUGGUGACGAUUCGUCAACGAUUACCAAGUUUUCUUCACUUUCUCGAGAGAGAACUUCAUCGUUAUGGUGUGGCACCGGUAAUCAAAUGCAGUAUAUAGAACGCGUGGUGGCAGGUGUGAAGAUGGGGGACCAUGUUAAGAUGACCGAGCUGGUUAGUAAACUCGGCACGGAAGGGUUUGCAGCAGUCAUCAGAGAACAUGACGUCAGGAAUAAUACUCCACUUCACUAUGCCGCCCUCAACGAUGACAUCCUGAUGACGAAACUUCUGCUGCAAUAUGGGGCAGAUGUUAAUGCCGUAGGAGAAGGUGGAAAGCACCCUCUUCACUUUGCUGCAAUACGAAGGGUUAUCGACAGAGGAAGCCCGAGUGGGGUCAAUGAUAGCGGAGACGCCUCGUCAUUUACAAUGCCGACCGAAGCAUCAUACUCUCAGCAUUCAGAUGAAAACGAGAAAUCUGAUCAGGAAGGACAGCGACCCCGACAUUCGAUUUCCCUAAUGAACCUGAGUUUCCUAAAGAAGGACAAGAAGAAGGGCAAGAAGAACAAGAAGAAAAAAUCCUUCAAGUCUGAGCUUCCACUGCAAGUCGAUAGUGAUGAGGAAAAACCUUUCAUAGCCGGCAGUCUUCGGUCGCUGAGUCAAUCCUUGGACAUGCUGGAUGAACUUGACGAGAAUCCGAAUGACAAAAAACACGGGAACGAAGAGGGUAACGAGGCCGCUGCCGUCGACGAGAACGUUGUCGAUAUCUUGCUCAAGGCAGGAGCAAACGCGAGCGCCAAAGACGCCAAGGGUAUGACUCCCCUCCAUCUUGCCUUCAUGAAGGCCAACAUGGAUGCUUUCAAACGCCUCCUGUCUGUACCUGAACUGGACAUCAAUGCCCAAGACAGACGAGGUGCCACGCCGCUCUUCCACGCCUGCAAGUCAGGCAACACAGACGGGGCCUUGAUCCUGAUCAACAGAGGGGCGGAUAUUCUCAUUUCUGAUGUCAAUGGAGAUACGCCCCUUCAUGUAGCAGUGAGGCAUUCACACACAUUGAUCGUCACGGCAUUGAUAGAAGUAGCGGAGGGAAGAGGAGAAAUUAAUCAGGUGAUGCUUGAUGAGAAUUCCCGCGGGGUCAUUCCUCUCGAUGCAAUCAGAUGCGGACAUAGGGACCUGUUCAAAACCAUUCUCAGCAACGUUUCCACCAGCAUGCCUCAGACGAAUGGCCUGGACAUUGAGAAGCUGGUCAAUUUCGCCAGUCGGGACAACGACGACACCCUCCUUCACGUGGCCGCCGCAGCCGGGUACCAAGACAUCGUCGAAUGUCUAAUCAAUAACGGCGCCAUGGUCAACAGGGUCAAUUUCGACGGCCAAACGCCGAUGCAUUUCGCCUGCGAAAAGAACAACGAGAGUAUUGCACUUUGCCUGGUUGAAAAUGGCGGUGAUGUAAACAUCGUAGACAGCGCUGGCCUGAACCCGCUACAGGUGGCUGUGAACUAUAACAGCUUUGAAACCUUGAUGACUCUGUUGCAGUCCAUCUCAGGUGCGUCCGGUGGCCAGUCUGAUGAAGCUACGGACAUACUGCAGUGGUCAGCAGCCAACAAUAAGGCAGAUAUACUCAGAAAGAUUCUUGAUUAUGAAUUCCGUUUUCAUGAGAUGACUGAUAGGGGGAUAAUGGACUUCAUCAUGGGAGCAGUCAAAAGGAAACACGGCGAAACUGUACACGUAUUGGUACGUUGGAACAGGGCUGUUGUGGACCAUCGUGAUGAGCUCGGAAACACACCUCUUCAUUACGCUGCAGAGGGCGGGCAUCACGACAUCGCCAGGGAACUUAUUCUAGCCAAGGCCCAAGUCAAUGCCAAGAAUGGUGAAGAUCUAGGUGGUCUGGCACCUCUCCAUUACGUAGCUGCCCGUGGCUGGACGAGAACAGCUCAUGUUUUGCUCGACUCUCUGGCAAAUAUCGACCAGACGGACAACCAAUCGAUGACACCCCUCCACCAUGCCUGUAGAGACGGCAAUAUCAACAUGGUCGACCUGCUCAUCAACGGCAAGGGAGCUGGAACCGUAACCAAACCAGCCGACGUCACAAUACAAGACGCCAAGGGACUGAAUUGCCUCGAUCACGCAAUCGACAACGACCACGAGACAAUCGCCAAGAUGAUCAUAACUCACGACAGAUGGCUGGAGGUGAUGUCAGUAUCGAGUCUGGAUGAAGAGACUGGGUACCGCACAACGCCGAUGCGGAAGCUGAUUUGCUCGAUGCCAGAUGUUGCCAGGAUGAUACUGGACCGGUGCAUUACAGUCACAGGGGGGACAAAAAUUCGAGAUAAAGACGUCCAUAUAGAAUUUUACUAUGAACUUCUGGAAGACUCGUUUUCACGGUGGAUGCGGCCGGUGGAUGACGAGCCCGAUGCUGGCGGCGGGGUAUUACAUGCCUUCUUGAAUCGGAUGUACAAGAGGGUAUCGACUAGACUUCCAUCCGACAUCAAUGUACAGUAUGACGAAAAAGAUCAUUUACUCAAAUCCUCUACUCCUUUCAUUCGAGACGCAGUGGAAAGAAAUGAUAACCACCCUGUUCAGUUGAUGAUUUCGUCCACUCGUGUGGAGCUUUUAGACCACCCCCUCGUUACGACAUUCCUCGAGCACAAGUGGACAUCGUUCGGUCGUUACAUCUUCUACGCGGGUUUCCUGAUAUACAUCACGUUUCUUGCAAUGCUGACCGGAUACAUCGUCGUAAUUCCACCCGAUUACUAUGUCCGAUCUGUCAACCAUUCUGUCGAUCCAGAUGCAAUUACAUGGUUUGGAAACGGGGAGCAGCUAUGGAUUGAAGAUGUUCCAUCUGCAGUCAUCCUUCUUUUUGAUGUCUUUGGCCCGACCGCAAUCAUGAUUCUGUCGAUCAUGAAUAUUCUGAGAGAGUUAGGACAGAUGUUCGUUCAGAGGUUCUCAUAUUUCCGGGAUGGAGGAAAUAUCAUGGAGUUAUUUCUUUACAUAUUCGCCAUCAUAUUCUCAGUGCCUUUCAGUCAUAUCGACUACGUGGCCAAUGGAAGAAUAAAAAAGCAUUGGCAGUGGCCGAUAGGUGCCGCAGCAGGCUUCCUGGGAUGGAUCAAUCUCCUCCUCUUUAUAAGGUGUAACUCCAAACUCGGGAUCUAUGUUAUCAUGUUCAUAGACAUCUUCAAGACUUUUCUCCGAUUCAGUUUCAUUCUCUUUCUGUUCGUCAUGGCCUUCGGUAUCGCAUUCUACGCUCUUCUUCUGAAUCAGAAUCCAUUCCACUCCUUUUUCGAUUCCUUGGCCAAGACGUUCGUGAUGAUGAUCGGUGAGCUGGAUUAUGCCAAUAUAUUCUACGGCCAGGACUACCUAGGAACAUCCAACACCCUGGAAGGAGACGGAGAGGCAGCCUACUUUAUGAAUUCAAAUUUCUAUGGACGGCUCACUCAACUUUUUUUCAUGUUAUUUCUCAUCGUCAUGGCAAUUCUCAUGAUGAAUAUGAUGGUUGGUUUGGCCGUUGAUGACAUCCAGGCAAUCCAGGAAAAGGCAAAUCUGCACAGUCUUACCAUGCAGGCUAGUAUGGCACUGGAGAAUCAGUCCAAGUUCCCUCUGUGGCUCUGGAGGAGAUCAGUAUCUCGAAGGAAGAAGUUUCUCUUGAACGAGGUCAAACUGAGGAAAUGGCUUCGACGGCUGACUGGCGGAAGAAAACAACUCAAGAGGGCGUUAGCGAUCAGUCAUGAUGCAGAGAAUCCUUUAAGCAUUGAGUCGCCCCAAGAAGAGGCCUACGAGAAAAUCAAAGACCGAAUCAAGGACGUCAGUCUGAAGGUUGAACAAGCAACGGUUGAAAUGUUAGAAGAAGCCAAGAAAAGAGAUGCCCAGUUGGAACACCUGAGUGGAGAACAGAAAGUCCUUCAUGAAAGGGCAGAUCAUCUACAGUCAACGCAGGAACGCCUUGGUGAUAGCAUGGAGAUUUUGCAUAGAAAGAUGGAUGUGAUGAUCAAGAAACUGAAGAUUAAACAAAAAAACGUCGAAGGCCUGUUUAGACCAUAAAGACGUAAACCAUAGUUAGAAUUGCAAUCAAUAUAAGAAGGACGUUUUGGAAAUUUGCUGAGUAACCUUCGAAACAUUUAAAUCUCCAUUGAUUUCUUUUUUUAAACUCCCAAGCAGUUCUAUAUAUAUCUUGAGUUACUUUGCCGUUGGUAGGAAACUAUGCGUUGCCAAUUCGAUCAGAGUAGAUCUGUUCCAAAAUUCUGCGCAGGUCAUAAUGACUAUGCAUUUGCUAGCGAUAAGCGUCGGUAUCAUCCUUUGUGUUAGUUUUUAAUGUCAUUUCAAGUCAAAUGUUAAUUAAAAACGUCCGAUUUUUUAAAAUUCUAUCGGGAGAUGAAGUAAAUAGUGAUGAAGCAUUAGUCAACGCAAAUUGUCAAGUUGUAUUUAACCAUCAGUGGUAACUUCCAUUGCUUUCUUAUUUGUAACUAAUGAUCCUGACCGAAAUAAUUACAUGCUUGCGUCAUAAAGAGAGGCUUGAUGAGCUGCUACUUUUCGUCAUGCACUCACGACACGCAGACCCAGCUCAACCAAUGCGGAGCAGCGAUAGAGUGCACGGCGCAUUGGUCUCAGCUGAUUAGACGCGCACCACGAAAGAGGUCAUUAGGUUUCCUGGCCAAAUCUUCUUUCAUACUCUUUGUGCGCUGGGCCAUGAACCCCUUAUGAGCUAAAUUAUUUUCAGAGAUGGAAAGAAUGCAUUUUUUGCUUGAGCGUGAAAUGUCAGGCCGCGUCAGACCAAAAGACGUUAAAAGAUGGGAAUUGCUGCUACCCUGUUUGGCGUUCAACGAUUAAAGGGAUAGAGCCUUGUCGAUCUGGCGCUGCACAGCGGCUGCCGGGCCCACGAUCAAUUGCGCAAAGCAAAUUUUCGGAGUAUUUCAUUUCAUGUCUAUAUUUCGAACAAUAACUUAUAGAUUUAUCAUUUAUUUUAUCAUUUAUCAAACAUCCUGUGUCUUUGGGGCAACGACUGAAGCUACAUAAAUAAGUUUCCCGUUUAAUAUGCCUAUGUAUGUUACUCGGAGAGAUAAAAGUGUGCUAAUGCUAACGUCAAUUACGAAUAGUUUUUGUAUAUUUUAUUGAUAUAGAAUAUAAAGAUGUCAUAUUUUGAGGAAAUAUCGAAGGCCAUGAGAUAUAAUUGUCCUGUCAGGAAUCCUUGAGUGAAUAUUUGAUUUCUUAUUUACUCAUGUGUAAGUAGUAAUGUGAUAUAGGGUGUUACAUCCACGAAAUUAAACAGAAAUAGGAUGGAAUAUUGCAGUCAAGGAGGGGAGGAAAAAAGAGAGUAGAUGACAAAGAUAAUUAGUUCUACACCCCUCCAAACGGAUGGGGGCUUCGGGAGGAGCGACUUGGAUCAUGAAGACAAGGAUUAUCGGGUAGAGGCGAAUGAACGUGACCCUAUUUUUUACACGGAUACACCAUGUACAACUCAAAACAAUACACGGUCUACAAAACGAUGAAAAGGGUUCUUGUCAAAGAGCCUCUUAUUACACAAAAAUUCUAAGUCCCUGACAUGUUACACUGUUAUUUGAAAGUGAUGACAUAAGAUGUAAAACGAUUUUAAUGACAGAAGACUAAAUAUAUUAUCAUCCCAUGAGUCUUUCAUAGUCAAAAUUUAUGGAAAAAGAACAGUCAAGUUAUUUUACCAUAAUCUAGAUUUUUUAAAUCUUUUAUUGAAUGGAUGGUCAUAAUAUAUUUGUUUUAUUUGUCAGUGUUCCCAUAUCUUGAUAACAAAUUAUUCUUAAAUAUCAUUUUGUGAAUAUCGUAAUAUCUGUCUAUCCUUAUUUUUAAUCUACUCUACUACUGUAUAAGUUACAUGUGACUGGACAAUUUUCUCUUACAGAGAUAAGUAGUAAAUAAGAUAUUGAAUUUUAAAAGCAUAAAAACGUGGAUUUAAACCUCCAUCAAAUAUAUAUCUAUCAUGGAAAGAACUUUAAGUAAAGUAAACGGGUAUUUUGUGCAUUAAUCCAUUGUAUUUUAUGGGAGAUUAUGGUAUUAAUAAUGUUCAUGUUUAGCACGUUUAGCGUAGGUCUAGUAAUGUUUUUUAUAUCACAAGAGAUUAUUUUGAAAUUAUGUAUCAUUUUCUUCCCUCAAAAUAAAUUUCCAAUUGUCAAUGUAUAAUCAGUCAUAUUUUGAUAUUGUUUUGAUUGUUGUGUUUUACUUGUUUCAACUUGACAAAUGUACUUCAGAAUUGUUCGUAAAUGAAAUAUAAAUUUCGAUUCCCUGUAAUGGUCAUGCUACUAAACGUUUCUAUCUGCAAUCACUGUCAUUUAUUAAUUAUGAUAUUUUGAUAUAAUGAUAGUUUGAUAUCACGAUCGUUGAAACGCCUAAGAGAAUCUCAUGAUGAAUCUUCAUAAAUUAAUUUGAAAAUUGAA